CACUAAACUGUGAAUUGCAGAUGUCAGAAUUAAAAAAAAAACAAAGUUCUAAAAUGUUUUUAUUUCGUAACUUAACAUUUUAGAACAAUCAACAACAACUAGGAAUUUAAAUUAUUUCAAAAAUCUAAAAAAAGAUAACUCUACUUAGAUGAAAAUUUCCGAUAUUUGACAGAUGACCGGAAAUUAAUUCUCGUCAGUCAACAUUUGUGCCAUUUGCAGCGGAUAGUCAACCACGUCAAAUUUGGUCAAUUGCUAUUUGUGGUUUUGUGGUGUAUCUUAUCGUGUUUUGCGUACAUCCAGUGUAUCUUAAGUCAAAUCGGACUAGCAAACGAGAUGAGCAUGUCGAUUUUCGGCUCUUUGAUGGGCGAUAUGGAUAGCGACCCAUUUUUCGGGUCCUCCAUGGCUAUGCGUCAGAUGAGAAGAAAUAUGGACAUGAUGAAUUCUUUGUUUCAAGAUUCUUUUGAAGUGGGUAACAUAUUUAGAGAGUUUGAAAACACUAGAGCUCGUAUGCAUUCUAUGAUGUCUCCAUUUGGAAUGCCUUUUAUGCCUAAUAUGAACAGACUGAUGAAUAGUUCAUUAGACAGUAUGGGACCGAUGGGAAACUGUACAAACUAUAGUAGUUCGAGCACUGUUAUUAGCAUGACACCAGGGCCUGAUGGGAGACCACAAGUUUAUAAGGAAACUUCAAGCACUAAAGUAGCUCCAGGUGGUAUUAAGGAAACACAGAGAACUGUUACAGAUACAGUAACAGGUACUAAAAAAAUGGCAAUAGGUCAUCAUAUUGGGGAAAGAGCUCACAUUAUAGAAAAGGAGCAAAAUAUGCACACUGGAGAUAGAGAAGAGCGUGAAGAUUUUAUUAAUUUAGAUGAAGAUGAGGCUGAAGAGUUUAAUAAGGAAUGGACUACAAAAACAAGAUGCAUAUCAGAAAUUCCCAGGAUUAGUUCUGGAACUGGUCGUAAUCGUCAUACUUAUAGCGGUUAUUCUGCAAUCCCUGCGAUUACUGCUGGAUCAAGCAGUAGCCGUCGGAACAAGGAAAGGUCUACACCGCUAGUUUCCGCUCGUAGAAGUAUAAGGUCGCCGAAAUUAGCCCUACCUUCCUCAGCAAGUGCAGCAAGUUCUUCAAGGACUCCCUACAGCCCGCCAGGACAGGCUCAGCCAAGAAAGUCUAAAAAUGUUAAAAUCGUGUCGGGUCCUUCUUCCUCUGAGAAGUAGACUACUAAAUUUUUUACCUAUGCUUGUAUUCUUAUUUAUGGUUGAUGUCUAGGUUAUUUUUUUGGUUUUUUAGUAUGUAAUUUAAUAUAAUUUUGUAUUUCCUUGGGAAGAAUAGUUUUGGCCCUCGGUUUCAGAAAUUCAAUCUUCUGCGCCUCAAAAUAAUUUGUUUGACAAUUCGCCUUUUUUAAGACGACUAUGCAUCGUUUUUCCAUUAUACGGUACAUUAUUCAGUGUCUAUCUUCUAUACCUGACUAGCUAGUAUCAGAAUUUAUUUUGAUUUCAUUUUAAAAUUCACACUGAGUUUUGAAAUGUGUAUUCUGCUUUUGAUGGCUUGAAUUUUACAGAUGUUAUAUCCUAUGGUAUUAGUAGUGUAAUAAUUUGACAGAACAUCUUGUCAAAUUGCUUUCAGAUACUUUGUAAAUGUUGUGGAUCUUAAAUGUCAAGAUGGAUGUUGAAAGUAGAUUGUAUUAUUGUACUUCGCGUGAGAGAUUACUGUAGGAAAUGCUAUUUGGACAUUUUCCAUUAUCAACGUAUUUAGUAGUACAUUAUUGUAUGAUCUAUAUAAUUAAAUCAUUAAGGGAUGUUCGA